AUGGAGAAGUUGAAAGACGAUGAAAUUGAGUUAUUCUUGGACUUUGAAAUACCAAGUGACUCAGAAGUCAGCUUUUGUGAUAGUGAAGACGAUGAUAGUGAUGCUGAGAAUAAUAAAAACAUAAAUGAUGACCAGGAAGAUAAUAUUGAAAAAUUAAAUUUAUUGCCUCAAUAUAUUAACUUCUUAGGGGAUAUGGACAAUGAUAUAAGGUUUGAAAAUAAUAAUCCAUCUAAUGAGCCUGAUGGCUUUGUAAUAAUCGACGAAAAUGAUGUACAUGAUUUUGAUAGUUUUUUUAAUAACAUAAUACUCCAAACACAAACAGAUAGUAAUGUUAGCAAACAAACUAUACCAAAAUCUGAUGUUGCUACUCAAAACAAUUUAGUCUCACCCACACAAACAUCUAACCAAAUUCUAAAUCCUAUAGCCACUCAGUCACUAACAAAUAAAAAAAUAAAAACUCCAUCAACCGAUUCUAAAAAAACUACUCCUUAUUCUGUUUUUAUACAAUUAUUCACUGAAUCUCUUUUUGAAAAAAUAAGAACUGAAACAAUAAAAUAUGCUGUUCAAAAUGGAAAAGAAAAUUUCAACUUAUCUAUAAAAGAAUUGAAAGUGUUUUUUGCAAUCAACAUAGCAAUGACAUAUAUAAAAUACCCAAAUGUAAGAAUGUAUUGGUCUUCUCAAGAGGGGUUGAGAAUGAACCUUAUUGCUGAUGCUAUGACUUGUAACCGGUUUGCCGAAAUUAAAAGGUUUAUUCAUUUUGUAGACAAUUAUGAAAAACCUCAAGUAGUAACUGAUAAAUUUUGGAAAAUUAGACCUGUUUUAGACAUUUUACACAAUUCUUUUCAUUCAGCUAUAUCAACUAGUCAAAAUAUAGCCAUUGAUGAAAUGAUGGUUCCUUUUAAGGGUAGGAGUUCAUUAAAACAAUACUUAAAAUCAAAGCCUAAAAAAUGGGGAUUUAAAAUUUGGGUUCAAGCCGGAACCAAUGGAUAUGUACAUUGUUUUGAGCUAUAUCAAGGUGCCUCGAAAGACAAAAAAUCACUUUUUGGUCCAAUAGGUGAUACAGUUUUGAAAUUGUGUCAUUCAAUACAUGGUGAAAACCAUAAACUUUUUAUGGAUAACUUGUUUACUACUGUUCCACUAUUAAGAAAAUUAAAGUCUCUAAACAUACCUGUCCUUGGUACUUUAAGAUUGAAUAGAGUAACUGGAAUUGAAAAUUACCUAGUCAAAGAUAAAUUGUUAGAAAGAGGUAACUGUUCAAUAGCCACAUCUGAUGACAAUCUGACUGUUGUACGAUGGAAAGAUACUAAACUAGUACAUACUAUAUCGACAUAUGCUGGGGCUAGUCCUGAAGAUAUAACUUCACGUUAUGAUAGGAAGGAAAAGAAAAAAAUUGAAGUCACUCGUCCAUUUGCUAUACAGGAGUACAAUAAAUUCAUGGGGGGUGUGGACCUCAUGGAUAGAAUGAUUGCUCAUUACCCUCAUGGAUUCAAGAACAAAAAAUGGUACUUGAGGAUUUUUUUUCAUUUUUUGAAUAUUAGUAUAAUUAACUCAUGGAUAAUAUACAAAGAAAAUUGUCAAAAUAUACCACUUCUUCAGUUUAAAGCAUCAAUUGUUUGGACCAUGCUCCAAAUAGGAAAAUGUGAUACACCAAAAAGAGGCAGGCCUUCCUUACAAUCUGAUCCACCAAAAAAAAAAAAAAAAAAUGUUUCCAUUGUAGUUUCAGAAAUAAGAUAUGAUGGUAAGGAACAUUAUCCUGGUAAAACGACAAAAGCUCAAGCUUCUAAGUGUCAUAAUUUAUAUUGCAAAUCAAGAACUAGAUAUAUUUGUAAAAAAUGUGAUACUCCAGUUUGUCCAGAGUGCAUGGAAGACUUCCAUAGAAAAUAA